AUGAUUUUAGCUGAUCAGUUAUAUGCGAAUAAUGCUGAUCAAUCAACAACUGCGGCAACAAUCUUCUUCGCCCAAAUUAUGCAAUCUGUUAACGCGGCACGAAUCCCUAGAGCUGUCAUUGGUGUGACCACAACGACACGCACUACUCAAACCACCCAAACUACUGCGACCACAACAACUCGUACUACACAGACUACUCGAACGACCCAAACUACUGCAACCACAACAACCCGUACCACUCAAACUACUCGAACGACUAAAACAACAUCUGAUCCAACUCUUACUAACGAAACCUCAACAGACACAACGACGACUGAACCAUCAACGAGUACAACAACGACUGAAUCAUCAACGAGUACAACAACGACUGAAACGACCACGACUACAACAACAUCUGAAACAUCGACGAGCACAACAACGUCUGAAACAUCAACAACUACUACAACAUCUGAAACAUCAACAAGUACGACAACUUCUGAAACCACCACGACUACAACAAUAUCUGAAACAUCAACAAGUACUACAACGUCUCAAACGUCGACGAGUACUACGACGUCUCAUACAUCAACGACUACAACAAUGUCUGAAACGUCAACUACUAGAGGAUCAUCUGAAACCGUGACAACUACUGUCGUCACAACCAUAUCUACAAGAAUUAGCACCAACAGCAUCAUAAGUGCUAUCACCUCCACAACUACAAUAUUGUCCAACAUGACAAAAAAGCCAACAUCGACAGGUAGGACUUAG